GACUCUUUGCAGGCUGUCACGCUGUCUAGUCACAGAGGAAGGCUGUGCUUCUCUGGUCUCAGCUCUGAGGUCAAACCCCUCACACCUGAGAGAGCUGGACCUGAGCUACAAUCACCCAGGAGACUCAGGAGUCAGACUGCUCUCUGCUAGACGGGAGGAUCCACACUGCAGACUGGAGAAACUCAAUGUGGAACAUGGUGGAGAGUACACAAUGAAACCUGGACUUAGAAAAUAUGUCUGUGAUCUCACACUGGACCUAAACACAGUAUACAGACUCCUCUCUCUGUCUGAGGAGAACAGAAAGGUGACACUGAGGUCAGAGGAGCAGCCGUAUCCUGAUGACCCAGAGAGAUUUGAGAACUAUGAACAGGUGCUGUGUAGAGAGGGUCUGACUGGGCGCUGUUACUGGGAGGUAGAGUGGAGUGGGAGAAGGGUUGAUAUAGGAAUGACAUAUAAAGGAAUCAGCAGGAAAGGAAGGGUUAAUGACUUUUGUCUUGGAUACAAUGACACGUCCUGGACUCUUUUCUGCUAUGACAACAGUUACAUUGCCAUUCACAAUAAUAAUCCCAUUGCCAUAGACGUCCCCCUCCAGCCCCCACAGAGUAGGAGUGUAUCUGGACUGGCCAGCCGGCACUUUGUCCUUCUACAGAGUCUCCUCUGACACACUGACCCACCUGUACACAUUCACCUCCACAUUCACUGAGCCCUCUAUCCAGGGUUUAGGGUUUGGUAUGAAGACUCCUCAGUGUCCCUGUGUCAAACACAACAUGAUGUUUCACUCUAAUCAUGGUCAUGUUUAGUAAGACACACUGGAGCAACAAUGUAGAAUAUCUCUCUAGUGUGUUAACCUCUCUAUCCAGGGUGUUUGGUAUGAAUAUCUCUCUAGUGUGUUAACCUCUCUAUCCAGGGUGUUUGGUAUGAAUAUCUCUCUAGUGUGUUAACCUCUCUAUCCAGGGUGUUUGGUAUGAAUAUCUCUCUAGUGUGUUAACCUCUCUAUCCAGGGUGUUUGGUAUGAAUAUCUCUCUAGUGUGUUAACCUCUCUAUCCAGGGUGUUUGGUAUGAAUAUCUCUCUAGUGUGUUAACCUCUCUAUCCAGGGUAUGACUCCUCUUCAGUGUCCCUGUGUCAAACACAACAUGAUGAUUCAAUCUAUUCUUUUGUGUUUAUUUAACCUUUAUUUAACUAGACAAGUCAGUUAAGAACAAAUUCUUAUUUUGCAAUGACUUCCUUCCCCGGCCCAACCCUCCUCUAACCCAGAUGAUGCUGGGCCAAACCCUCCCCUAACCCAGAUGAUGCUGGGCCAAACCCUCCCCGAACCCAGACGAUGCUGGGCCAAUUGUGUUGCCUUUCCCGAUCGUUAUUGUUUCUGUUGAGAUACAGCCUGGGAACGAACCAGGGUCUGUAGUGACACCUCUAACUCUGAGAUGCUGUGCCUUAGACCGCUGCACCACUCAGGAGCACUUGGGUGUGUUACCUUUGACUUUACCAGUAAUUUACUGAUGUAAUGGAACACUGAUGUAAUGGAACACUGAUGUAAUGGAACACUGAUGUAAUGGAACACUAAGUGGUCUGAAGGGGAUGCUAUGCUACAUCUGUAUGUUAAACCCUUUACUGGGAAGUUGUGUCUGAGUUUCAUUAGUGGUCUGAAGGGGAUGAGAUGCCAACAUAUUUAUCUCUCAUACAUCCCACUUAUACUUGGAGCACAGUGUCGACCACAGGCCCUGGAGCAGUGUAGUGCCCUGCUCAACCACACUGUCAUUGGUGUGUGUGUGGUGCAGGUAAGACAUCUUUCUACUGAUAAUUAGUAUUCCUCAUCACUGUCUCUAUUCCCCUGUGGCUCAGUUGGUAGAGCAAGGGGUUAGCAACAUCAGGGUUGUGGGUUUGACUCCCACAGGGGACAAGUACUAAAAUGUAUCACUAACUACUGUGAGUUGUGCUGAUAAGAGCUUAUGAUGAAUGACUGGAAUAUAUCAUGUAUUUACUUCCUGUUUAUUUCCAUGGUAACAGAAUGUAUCUCUCGAUGUAGCCAUAGUUUUCUUUAUUUCCAUGGUAACAAAAUGUAUCUCUCUUGAUGUAGCCAUUGUAUUUUUGUUUUUUCCAUGGUAACAGAAUGUACAGUUGGAAUCUGAAGUUUACAUACACUUAGGUUGGAGUCAUUAAAACUUGUUUUUCAACCCA